CCACGGCUCCGUGCUCUCCCUGCCCGCAGGUUCCUGUUCGGGGAGCGCCCGUACUGGUGGAUCCACGAGUCGGGGCUCUCCAGCCGGGAGCAGCUCCCGCUGCACCAGUUCCCGGUCACCUGCGAGACGGGCCCGGGGAGCCCCUCGGGCCACUGCAUGAUCCUGGGGGCGGCCCUGUGGCCGAUUGUCACCACGCUGAGCACGGCGGUGUCCCGGUACACGCGGAGCCGGCUGCUCAGGCUGGUCCCGUUCCUUGCCUACAUCCUCCUGCUGGUGGCCAUGGGGCUCUCCCGGAUCUUCGUGCUGGCCCACUUCCCCCAUCAGGUGGUCACCGGCUCCCUGGCAGGGAUGGCUCUGGGCUGGGGGCUGCAGCGCUGGCCCCCCAACUUCCUCAAGUGCCGCUUCUUCCUGGUGACGGCCCUGGGGCUGCUCCUGGGCGCGCUGGCCCUGCACGGGCUGGCCACGGCCGCGGGGCUCGACCUGGACUGGUCGCUCCGUCGGGCCAGCGCCCGCUGCUCGGACCCGAGCUGGCUGCGGCCCGAGACGCGGCCCUGGGCCUCGCUGUGCCGGGUGAGCGGCAGCGCGCUGGGGCUGGCGCUGGCCGCCCGGCACCCCCUGAGCCGCCGCGCUGCCCAGGAGCUGCGGGGGCUGGAGCCGCCGCUGGGCAGCGCCACGCUGGGGCUGCUGGCGCUGGACGUGCUGCACAAGCUGCCCAAGAGCGAGGACACGGCCCUCUGGUACCUCAACGUGGGCGCCCGCUACACCCUGGGGCCCGUGCUGGUGGGCUCCCUCCUGCCCCAGCUCAUCCUCACCCUCCGCCGGCUCCGGGCAGCCCCCUAAACCCCCUAAACCCGCCCCCCAUAUAGAGUAGGGGGCCCCCCUCCGCUCCCAGUUCAUCCCCGCCUGUCCCAGGGACCCCCAAAUUG